CUUAGACCCAACCCCGUCAGAAAGUUCUUUUUAUUUUCAGUUUAUAACAAUGGGCCACCUUAUUACAUUGGCGACUUGUUCGCUCAACCAAUGGGCAAUGGAUUUCGAUGGCAACCUCGAACGUAUAUUGGAAAGUAUUAGGCUUGCUAAAGAAAAAGGCGCUAAAUUACGUGUUGGUCCUGAACUUGAAGUAACUGGCUAUGGUUGUCAAGACCAUUUCUUGGAAGGUGAUACUUAUCUGCAUUCUUGGGAAGUGCUUGCUGAGAUUUUAAAGAGUGAUGAGGCAAAGGACAUGAUUUUAGAUAUUGGAAUGCCUGUCAUGCACAAAUCUGUUAAAUACAAUUGUCGUGUUAUCAUUGCUGAUGGUAAAAUUGUUUUAAUCCGCCCCAAGAUUUUCUUGGCCAAUGAUGGCAAUUAUCGUGAGUUACGCUUUUUCACUCCCUGGACUACAAGAAAGGUUGAGCAGUACUAUUUACCUCGCAUGAUUUCUAAGAUUACAAACCAGACAUUGGUACCUUUUGGCGAUUGCGUCAUAAGUACUUUGGACACUUGCAUUGGUUGUGAAACAUGUGAAGAGUUAUUUACUCCUGCUAGUCCCCACAUUGCAAUGGGUUUGGAUGGUGUAGAAAUUUUUACAAACAGUAGUGGAAGCCAUCAUGAAUUACGUAAGCUGAAUACUCGUAUAGAUUUAAUGAAAGCUGCCACACAAAAGGUGGGCGGUAUCUAUCUCUAUGCCAAUCAACAAGGUUGUGAUGGCGAUCGUCUUUAUUAUGACGGCUGUGCUAUGAUUGUCAUGAAUGGUGAGAUUAUUUCCCAGGGAUCUCAAUUCUCCCUUAGAGAUGUAGAGGUUAUUACUGCUACUGUUGAUUUGGAAGAUGUUCGCUCUUAUCGUGCUCGUAUGGUUAGCCGUGGUAUGCAAGCGGAAGCUACCCCCGCCUACCAACGCGAAGAAGUCAAGAUGGCUCUUACACACAGUUAUAUUGAGGAUAACAUUCACAUCCGCCCCACCAAACCCCGUGCUCCGUUUUAUCAUAGCCCAGAAGAAGAAAUUGCUUUGGGUCCUGCCUGUUGGCUAUGGGAUUACUUGCGUCGAUCUAAGACCGCCGGUUACUUUUUGCCCUUGAGUGGCGGUAUUGACAGCUGUGCCACUGCCAGUAUAGUUGCCUCUAUGUGUCGCUUAGUUGUAAAAGAGGCUUCCGAAGGUAACAAACACGUCUUAGAAGAUGCUCGUCGUUUAGCUGGCGAGGGAGAGACAUAUACGCCUACAGACCCUCGUGAAUUUGCCGGUCGCAUUUUUUACACGUGCUACAUGGGUACAUCGAACUCAAGUACCGAAACUCGUAAGCGUGCAAAGGAUUUGGCUGAGGUCAUCGGGAGUUACCAUACGGAUUUGAAUAUGGACACUGUUGUUACAUCCAUCCAUUCACUUUUUAGAUUGAUCACCGGAAAAACUCCCAAAUACAGGGUGCAUGGUGGAUCUGAUACGGAGAAUCUGGCGCUUCAAAAUAUUCAGGCACGUCUGCGUAUGUUACUGGCCUAUCUUUUCGCACAAUUAUUGCCUUGGUGUCGCAACGUCAGCGGAAGUUUGCUAGUUCUUGGUAGUGCUAAUGUUGACGAGAGUUUAAGAGGAUAUCUUACAAAGUAUGAUUGUAGCAGUGCUGAUAUCAACCCCAUUGGCGCCAUAUCCAAACACGACCUCAAACGGUUUAUCGCGUAUGCUGAAAGGAAGUUUGACAUGCCUAUUCUGGGAGAGUUCUUAGAUGCUGUGCCAACCGCAGAAUUAGAGCCCAUCACAGAAAACUAUGUUCAAUCGGAUGAGGCUGAUAUGGGCAUGUCUUACGAUGAUCUUUCUCGUUAUGGUCGUCUCCGUAAAAUUGAUCGGUGUGGUCCAUAUUCUAUGUUCUCCAAGUUGGUACAUGAAUGGGGUGAUGAUAUGCCCCCUACUGAAGUUGCCACCAAAGUGAAGCGUUUUUUCUUUUAUUAUUCCAUCAACCGACAUAAGCUUACGACAUUAACUCCCGCUUAUCAUGCUGAAGCCUAUAGCACAGAUGAUAACAGAUUUGAUUUGAGACCAUUCUUGUACAAUGCUUCUUGGAAGUGGCAAUUUAGAAAAAUUGACCGUAUUGCAGAAGAGUUGGAGAGAAAGGCUGGGGAAGCUGAAAUAAAUAGUCAAGUAGAUUGAAAAAGUUAAUCUCUACAAAGAAACAUA